AUGCAACUCUCCACCAUCCCCUCUCUCUUCCUCGGCCUCAUCGCCUUCAGCGCCCCCCUGGCCCUUGCCUCUCCUACCCCCAUCAACAGCAACGGCAACGGCAACGCCAACCUGCCCUUCAACCUAAUCAACAAACACCACAAGACCGUCGUCACCACCAGCCGCCGCCAAACUGGUUCUUCCACAGUCGACACCACCCCGACCUGCGUGUCCGACCCGGAAGGGUUCAUGACCAUGUUCGACGCACGCUCUUGUCUCGACGAGAUUGCUGCCAAGGGCAGCGAGCAGAUGACUGUGCCGGCGCCGGGGAGGGCGUUGUGCGAGAGGAGCAGUGGCAAAUUUUGGGCGGGGGUUAGUAUGCGGGGGACGCAGGUUGCUGAUGCGUCCGAUAUCGCUGCUGCUGGAAAGCUUAUUUUGGACGCCUGCAAGUUUGAUGGCGUUGUGGGCAUGCAGACUGAGAUGACGGGUGGUGGAGCGUACGUGGCUACCAACGGCAACAUCUAUGUCAUGUUUUCCAAGGAUGAGGAGGAUGAUUGAGUUUGCAGUCUCUUGCGGAUUGUUUCUGUCGCCUUCGGGUGAACAAGGAACUCGGCGGACAAUCGAGGAACACGAACGGAUCUGAAGAAAGAAAAGAGGCGUGAUGAGGAUUUGGGGUAUCACGUGCUUGGUCAUGCGUCUUAGAUGGUCGUACAUCUACAGGGCGAGCUUAUUUCCGGAUUUGGACGGGCCGCCCG